AUGAGACCUACUCAGGUUCGUCUGGGCGGCGGCGCCCCUCAACCCAAGACUGGCCACUGGCUCGGUGACUGGGGCUCCUUUGGUGAGUUUGGUCUACUUGACGAACGAUUGCAACGGAUCACCCGCAAAAGAGACUUUGAGGACGCAAGACGCCGGAUGGUGGGGAGUGGUGCCAAGCAGAAGGGCAUUGUCGACUACGGCCUGUCUGCUAACCGUCAGAACCCCUUUGCCGGUGCUGCCCACGAUGCCAUCUUCAACACCUUCCGCCGCACCAAGUCCCAGAUCUUCUACUGGCUCCCUCCCAUGCUGGCCGGCUACUACCUGCUGAGCUGGGCCACCGAGCGAAACCACUACCUCAACUCCAAGGCUGGCCGUGCUGAGUUUGCCGACUCGGAGUAA